CCAUUAUCAAACCCUAUGCAAAAUCUAUAUGGCUUAUUUCCGGGCGCUCAGAAGAACAAAUAAAAAAAAAAUUUGAAGCUGGAGCUGGGCUUCCCGGGUGAUGUGGAACGCGGUCUCGGAUGGAGGUGAACGGAGCGACCGUUUGCAGCCGUGACGUAGCAGGCUGGUUUCCUGGUAACGGUUGCCGUGGUGACGGGGCCCAGUCGGCGGCGCUGAGCCCGGAUGGCCAGGUACCCGUGCUCCGGGGAAUGUCGCUGCGGCUGUCACCCGCUGGUGGUGCCCCGUAGUCAGCGCUGGCACGAGAAGGAGGUGGGCAACUGGAUCCAGAAGCUAGGCUUCCCCCAGUACAAGGACUGUUUCAUAUCAAACAGAAUCACUGGCAGGAAACUUAUUUUCGUCAACUGUUCCACCUUGCCUCGUAUCGGAAUCACAGACUUUGAACAUAUGAAGGUGAUUUCCCAUGAGAUUCAGAAACUGCUGGACAUCGAGGAGCCGCUCUGGAGCCGGAGUAUUUCCAAACCCCACAGAGAUCCCAUGGGGUUAUUCUUGGAGCGCAAAGCUCCAACAGGCCAGACAGCUGAUGCACUAACACUCGAAGAAUUCCUGAAGGAGAUGGAUGGGUGAACUGCUCUGCACUCCAAACGCAAGUUGGGAAAAACCUUGCCAACUGUAAAGAUUUCAAAGAAACCUCUGGCUUUUCAAACUGGAGUCCCAAAGCAUUGAGAGACCAACAAGAAUGGAAUUCCAGGCAGUCUGGUUAUCAGAUUUCUGUAUUUCACAAGAUGCAGUAUAACGGUAUUCUUGCUGCCAUGUCAUUGUGUGUGUCUCUUUGGUCAGUAAUCUGGUCACUGAUUCUUGCCACUUGUCACCACAUUUAUGAAUUUCUACUUCCAACAUAUCCUGUGAUAGGGCUACACUGAAUACUUCAUAUAAAUCACAAAAUCCACUGGUUCUAAAUUGGGAAAUAUCCAGGUAUUUUCAGUAAAUGUAAAGUGUUUGACACCAGCAAAACUGAUUCUUAUACAAAUGGAAAAAUUUUGAAUUAUGUGAACGUUCUGACAGUUAACCCCCGUUAUAGCAGGUUGUCUGGUCAGAGGCUGUGUAGAAUAUCCAUUCUAUCUCCACCUAGCUCCAAUGGUAAAAUCAAUUACAGUACAUGCACACGUUACAAGCUAAACUACCACUUGAGAUCUAAAACAAAUAAUUUAGGUCAAUAUUAUAAUUGUUAUUGAUGAUGGUUAGAUGAAAGUGAGGUGAGAUUUGCAGUGUCAAGUGCAAUUAUACUCACCAAAUUCAGAGAAAGGUGCAGAUAAGGAGAGAUCCUAUUUCAAAAUAUCAGGUUCCACCACAUUCCACAUGUCUCCCAAACUUUCCACUGUCUCUGAUUUAUCAGAUUGCUCAGCCAACGUCCUAUCCUGCAUGAUCAGAAAUUUUCUCCAAAAUGGGAGAACUGAAACUGGUGUCUUUGAUCGUAGCCAGAAAAUGGAUUCCCUAAAUGUGAUUUCCUCCAUCUCUGGGCACUAUUUAAGGCCGAACCAGACUGUUUGCUGCCCUUUCCUGGAAUAUUUUUCUGACUACAAAGCCACCCCAUUUGUAAGGCUACCAAUACUUUUACCUCUAACACUGGCAGAUGUGGGGAGGUAGGGCCAUAAUGGUAAUGCCACCAGACUGAACGCUGGGCUAAUGUUUUUGGGACAUGGGUUUUAAUCUGACCAUAGUGGAUUGUAAACUUUGAAUUCAAUUUUAUUAACCAGCCUGGAAUAAAAAGGUACCCUCAUAGCAAUCACAUAAUCACUGUGAUUAUUGUAAAUGUCACUACUGUCCUCUAGGGGAGGAUAUUUACCUGGUUAGGCUACAUAUGACUCCGGAUUCAAAAUGUGGUUGACUCUUAACUUCUGGACUAACCAGAGAUGUCCACAUCUUGUGAAUAACAGAUUUUGAUCCUGCCUGAACUGCUCAAUCUUUAUCGAUACAUUUGUUGCCUUUGAACUUCAUGACUGUAAUGCUCCUGUCACUUGGCAUCAUCAUCUACCCUCCAGACACUUGAGGCAAUACAACACCUGGGUGGCUGUAUUCUCACUUGCACCAAGUUGUGUUCACCCAUCUUCCCAGUGGUCAUUAACCUAUGUAGGCAACUUCUCAAUUUUAAAAUUCUCAGUCUCAUUUUCAAACCUCUCCAUUGCUUUGUAUCCCUCCAUAUGUCUCUAAACACCUCCAACGUCACAAUCCUUUCCCUGCCUUCUUUAGGCAUCCCAAUAAUCUUCACUGCACCUGUAUAGAUUGUACCUUUGACUACCUAUCCCCAAAGUCUGGACUACCCUCCUACUGCCACUCUGACUGAGAUAUGAAUGGUUAAUGAGGAAGCAAAGUCAUUAAAGAUGUAAAGAUUGAAGCUUGAGCUUAGUGGAGGUCUUGUACAUUCUCUGUCCUUGGUAGAAUUUUACCGUUCCAUGUAAGGAGGCUUGGCUUCAGCCCUGACCUGAUUUGCCCCAUAGAGGUCAAUUAAUGGCCAUUUCCUGCCCGGCUGCAGUGUUUAGACUGGCUGAAGAUCAGGGACAGUGGAGGGGGCUGCUCCACAGGUCAGCCAGGCUUCUCUCAGAAGACUGCACCUUCCCCAGUGGCCCCUCCCUUUCUCAAUCCUGCCCUCACGCUGGCAGGUGCAAAUCAGCCAUGACAACCCCAAAAUGCUCAAGCCCAAACUCUAUCACUGUGGUAGGUGCCACUAUUGCCUCUGUGCCAGAAGGCUGAGGGAUCAAGCCACAUUCCAGAAAUAUGAGCCAAACAUGUGACUUCUGAUCCAAACCAGCAUAGUUGAAUCUUAACUGCCCUCUGAAGUUUCACCACAGAACCAGUUCCACCACUAAACACACCAGAUCGCCUCCUUUAAAGACUGCAGUUUCCCCUGCCACGUGAUCAACAACGCCCUCCCUGCAUCUCAUCCACUUCCCGCACCUCUGCCCUCAAACCCCACCCCUCCAACUGCAACAAGGACAGAACCCCCCCCAGUCCUCACCUUCCAUCCCACAAACUCCGUAUACAUUGCAUCAUCCUCUGCCAUUUCCACCACCUACAAACGGACCCCACCACCAGAGAUAUAUUUUCCUCUGCACCCCUAUCCACUUUCUGUAAAGAUCAUUCACUCCGCGACUCCCUCGUCGGGUCCGUACCCCCCACCAACCCACCCUUCCCUCCUUCGCACCUUUCCCCUGCCACUGCAGGAAUUGCAAGACCUGCACCCACACCUCUCCCACCCCACCUCCAUCCAGAUCCAUUAAAGUUUUACCUGCACUUCCACACAUGUCAUUUAAUGUAUCCAUUGAUCCUGAUGUUGUCUCCUCUACAUUAGGGAGACAGAACAUCUAUUUACAGAGUGAUUCAGAGAAUAUUUCCGGUCCACUUGCACCAAUCAACCCCACUGUCCUAUGGCCGAACACUUCAACUCCAUUCAUGCAGGUCCUGUGCCUCCUCUAUCACCACUCCCUAACCACCUGAUGCCUGGAGGAAGAAUGCCUCAUUUUCUGCCUGAGGACCCUCUAACUCCAUGGCAUCAAUGUGGAUUUCACCAGUUUCCUCAUUUUCCUUCCUCCUACCCUAUCCCAGUUCCAACCUUCCAACUCGGUACCGUCCUCAUGACCUGUCCAUUUUCCUUUCCACCUAUCCACUCCACCCUCCUCUCUAACCUAUCUCCUUUACCCCCACCUCCAUCCACCUAUUGCACUCUCAGCUCCCCCCCCCCCCCCCCCCCCCCCCCCAUUUAUCUCAGCAACUCCCUCAGCUCACAGCCUCAUUCCUGAUGAAGGGCUUUGUCCAAAACGUCGAUUCCCCUGCUCCUUGGACCUUGCCUGACCUGCUGUGCUUCUCUAGCCCUACAGUCUUGACUCUAGUAUUUGCAGUUGAAAAUGUGUUGCUGGUUAAAGCACAGCAGGUCAGGCAGCAUCCAUUCCUUGAUGAAGGGCUUAUGCCCGAAACGUCGAAUUUCCUAUUCCUUGGAUGCUGCCUGACCUGCUGUGCUUUAACCAGCAACACAUUUUCAACUGUGAUCUCCAGCAUCAGCAGACCUCAUUUUUUACCUCUAGUAUUUGCAGUCCUCACUUUCAUCUGUCCUCUUAAAUAGUCAAGUAAGGUAGUCAGUUCAAGAGCAACAAAUGAGGUUGUGACACACAUAUCCCGUGAAGGAAUAUGUUUUUAAAAAGCUAGGUUAACACCUCUCUGGUGGAGCUGAAAUCCCUUGACACUAUUUGAAAAAGAGCAAGGGAAUUCUUCUUGUGUCCUAACCAGAGUUACUGAGGGAUCAUACGUUGGUUAUUAUUUUUGCUGCUGUUUUGUUACCAAAGCGACUACAGUUUCAUAGUGCUCCAACAGUUGUAAAUUACUUCUGUAUAGGGGCUGAUGUGAUGAAAUAAACUGGACAAAAAUGUAUUCCUCUGCCUCUUGCUAUUCAUGUUUAUGGUCAAAGGAAAGUCUAGACUUCAAAAAAAGCCUUUUCUUUAAUUGUGAGUUAGAUUGGAACAACAGAAAGAAAUACAUGGAAACACUGUCCUUGUUGAUCUCAUUAAAAUAAAGAAGCUGGAACAUC